UUCUCUUAUCUAACGCCCCGGGGACGCUCAUUAGCUUUUGUCUUUUACUUUAUAUAACGUACUCUCUUUGUUUUUUUGUUUAACUCAUAAUAAUAUAUAAAUAAAAACUGAAAUUACUGUUCAAAUCUUACCUGAAAAAACCGAAAGAAAUGAGGAAUUGAAAUGCUUUUGGGCUUUGGCAAUAAGUGAAAGUCAAAAAGUCUUAACAAUCAAAUAAAAAAAAUUAGAAAAAAAAGGUCAUACUUAAGAGACAAAGGAGUUGGGUUAUUGGGUAUUAAAUAUUUUACUCCUAUUUUUAAUUACUGUAAGUUGUAAUUACCUAGGAGGCUGAAUUUUUGCUAGGAUUAACCUUAAAUUUUCUUGGCUUCUUAAUUAAGUUCUUUUUUUUUAUUACUAGUCAGAUUAUAAGCAUUUUUUUUUACUCUUCAAUUUUUUAUUUUAUUUUAUUUUUUUUAAGCUAAGUGGGUGCAUGUGGGCCCAUAUCGGUCAAUGUGGAUCCGCAACUUAAUAUAAACCCAUUUCCAACAACAAUAUUCACCAAAUUCAUUUUCUAUCACUUUGAGAUUAAACAUCCUUUCUUCACCAAACCAAAACUAAGCUAACAAGUUAAGCCACAAUGGUUGUAGAAAGUUACCAAUCCAAGAGUGUAUGUGUCAUCGGAGCCGGACCAUCCGGCCUCGUGGUAGCCCGAGAGCUCAUGAAAGAAGGUCACAAUGUGGCAGUCAUUGAGCAAAACCAUGACAUAGGAGGGCAAUGGCUCUAUGAACCAAAAGUCGAGGGAGAAGAUCCCUUAGGGAAAGCAAAUAAGUUCCUAAAGGUUCAUAGUAGUAUGUAUGAAUCCUUAAGGUUAGCAUCUCCUAGGGAGAUCAUGGGGUAUACCGACUUCCCGUUCGUAGAGAAGAAAGGGAGGGACAUGAGGAGAUUUCCUAGCCAUAGGGAAGUUCUAUUGUACCUUAAUGAUUUUUGUGAAUAUUUUGGGUUGAGGGGCAUGAUAAGGUUUAACACUAGGGUUGAGUAUGUCGGUAUGGCCGAGUUCGCCGAGGUUGCCAAGGAGUUGAAAUGGAUGGUGAAAUCUAAGGAGAAGAAGAGUGAAAAAUUGGUGGAAGAAGUGUUUGACGCGGUGGUUGUUGCUAGUGGCCACUAUUCUCAUCCAAGGUUGCCUAUAAUUAAAGGUAUGAACUCUUGGAAAAGAAGACAAAUGCAUAGUCAUAUUUAUCGGAUACCAGAUCCAUUUCGCGAUGAGGUAGUGGUGAUUGUAGGAAGUUCAAUGAGUGGACAAGAACUAUCAAUGGAAUUGGUGGAAGUAGCAAAGGAAAUCUAUCUCAGUGCCAAAUCCCCAAUCUCUGAAGGUUUCUCCAAAGUAUUUGCCAACCAUAAAAACCUGCAUCUUUGCCCAAAGAUUGAUUGUCUUGAAGAAGAUGGAAGAGUGUUGUUUGAGGAUGGUUCUUGCAUCACUGCCGAUACUAUCAUAUAUUGCACAGGGUAUUCAUAUACAUUUCCAUUUCUUGACACCAAAGGAAUCAUUGAGGUGGAUGAUGAUCGCGUUGGACCUUUAUACGAGCAUACGUUCCCUCCUUCGCUUGCUCCUUCUCUAUCAUUUGUUGGAAUACCUAGGAAGAUCAUAGGGUUCCCUUUCUUCGAGUCACAAGCAAAAUGGAUUGCUCAGCUGCUGUCAGGGAAAAAAACAUUGCCAUCUUGGGAAGAAAUGAUGAAGGAAAUCAAAGAUUUCUAUCAGUCCAGGGAAGCUGCUGCCAUCCCAAAGCAUAACACUCAUGAUAUUGCCAAUUUUGAGUACUGUGACCUGUAUGCGGAUAAAGUGGGAUUUCCACGCCUGGAAGAAUGGAGGAAAGAGCUAUGUGUAUCAGCUCUGAUGAACGCGGAGGCUAAUUUGGAGGUGUAUCGUGAUGUUUAUGAUGAUUUUGAACUGCUUCAAGUAGCUCGUCAAAGUCCUCAUUUCACUCAACUUGGAGCACAUACAUUUGAAGUAUAA